UUCCUAAGCACUCGGGGACCUUUAAAGACAGGCAGAGCUGCAGGGGGGCUUGCUUAGCUUUACAGGUGUGGUUGAGUUUCUGUAGGAUAGCAGCACAGCACAGCACAGCACAGCAGGUUGCAUGAGGAGCUGAAGAUGGCGAAAGGGGACAACGGAGUGCGCUUUUUCCAAGCCCUACUAAUUCUUGGCAAUGUGAUUAUUGGGAUGUGUGGCAUUGCGCUGACGGCCGAGUGCAUCUUCUUCGUGUCAGAUCAGCAGACCCUGUACCCUCUGCUGGAAGCCACUAACAAUGAUGACAUCUAUGGUGCAGCCUGGAUUGGAAUCUUUGUCGGCUUUGCUCUCUUUAACCUCUCUGUCCUGGGCAUUGUUGGCGUCAUUAAGUCAAACAGGACGAUGCUGUUGGCGUACAUCAUUCUAAUGUUGAUCACCUAUGGAUUUGAAGUGGCCUCUUGCAUCACAGCAGCAACUCAUCGAGAUUUUUUUACACCCAACCUCUUCCUGAGGCAAAUGCUGGAGAAGUAUCAGAACCCAGAGCCAGCUAGCAACGAUGAUAAGUGGAUGAGUGAAGGCGUCACCAGGACAUGGGACCGCCUCAUGCUACAGAAUCAGUGCUGUGGGGUGAAUGGCCCAUCUGACUGGCAGAACUACAUGUCUGUCUUCCGGAAAGGGAACAGUGAUUCAGAGUUCCCUUGGCCACGCCAGUGCUGCGUCAUGGAUGUUCAAGGCAUUCCAAUCAAUUUGGAUGGCUGCAAAUUGGGUGUUGCAGGCUACUAUAAUAACAAGGGUUGCUAUGACAUUAUCUCUGGUCCAAUGAACAGACAUGCUUGGGGUGUUGCCUGGUUUGGCUUUGCCAUUCUCUGCUGGACUUUCUGGGUUCUUAUCUGCACCAUGUUCUACUGGAGCAGAAUUGAAUACUGAAGAUCCAGUGGCUUCCCACCAACCCCUCUGAAAUCUUGGUGCAUGAAACAGCAUUCAUCCAUCUGUACUAUUCCUCUUGUGCUAUGGAGGACUUGAGGCUCUUUCAGUUCCCUCGUUAUGGUCCCAUUCAGUUACUCUGAAAACCGGACAGACUAGUAUACUGAGCUGACCCCUCCAGAAAAGAAUGUCAUUCUCCCAUAGCCUGGCUGGAGUUCUGCUGACUUUUUUUUUUUUUUAUGCCUAUUUAACUGACCCCAAUACUUCACUGUUCUGAAGACUACUUGAGUACGAGAGAUGCUCUGAUCAUUCUGGAGAUGGCAUUGAAAAAGGAAAUGGCUCAUAAAUGUACUUGCUCCAGAAAACAAUGUAUUUAAACUAGGGCUAAUGAAAAUGAUCUCAGAACAAACCUGAUGCACAAGGCUUUUUGUAUUUAGUGUAUGUGAGAUGCUGUCACAGCACUGAAGAGCUGCUGCUGGUAUUUUUCCCUGCGAGGAAGAGGAAAUUUAGACAUGCAGCUGCGAGAAUUGCCAAGUUUAUUUACAAUUUGUUUUUAGUUCUGGCUUCUCUUAAAGAUAUAUCUUCUAAGGAGGCAGACAGUUUUCUACCUUCUGUCAUACCUAACUUUUCAGUCUUAAAAGAUAAAAGCAGGUUACGAGUCAACACAAAUCAAAGGCCAGUUCACUAUAUCAUAACAUGCUUCCUAUGUUCAAGCCUACCUCUGUGUUUUAUCACUGAUAAGCUAUAGUAUAUGUAUCUCUCUGAAAUGAUGCCAAUGCAUACAAUGCUUUGCCUCCAGAUGCUGAGACUCAAGUUUCCAUGGCUCCUUGGAGAUAUGGAAAAAAGGCAAUCUUCUACUCAGAUGUGUUAAUAGGACAAAAUAUUCCUCCUUUCUCAUCCCCAUUAGCUUACCCCACUUUCCACCCCUGUCUAAUUCAAUGCAUAUGAUUGAGUCCCCUUGUUACCCUAUUCGAUCAACUACUACUCCUUGUUCUUCUACCACCUCCCUGAACUCCAGUUCUGUCCUAUCAGAACCAGUUUAAAAAUCCCAUUUAGGUCAGUAGUAACUGUCUGCUUAAACUGGUCCAUUCUGAUCUCGUGUAACUCCUAAUGAAUGUUUUACAAGUUACAUGCAUUGUGACACAUGCUCCUUGUACAGAAUGUUUUAUCUGAAAUUUCUGUAAGUGUAGGUGAGCAGCUCCUAAGAACCUAUCCGUUGCCCUGAUUGUUACAAUGUUUCUGUAUAUUCUGCAAAUCUUUAAUAAAAAAGCUGAGUUAAAAAUUC